AUGGAUUGGUUACAAGAACUACCUCCCAAUUUAAGAUCACAAAUAACAAACAUAAUUAAUAAAGAUCCAUCCACGCAUUCAACAUUUAAUGAACUUUAUGAAUAUUUUGAAACAUCAAAACGUAGGAAAUUGGGAAAUGGAAAUGAUGAUGGUGAUAAUGAAGUAGAAGGGGAAGGUGGUCAUGAAGAAUUAACACCGUCAUCAUCAGUUCAUCCAAGUUCAAUUAUAUUUGAAAUCCAACAAAUUUCAUUCAUGUCACCACUACGUAAAAAGAUGAAUUUAACUUUUCAUUUGAUCGAACAAGACAAUCAAGCUAUUCCUGUCUUAUCCAUUGUAAACCCUGCUACAAAUGCACCAGAAUUAUCAUUCAUUAAUUUAUCGCAAGCUGUUAAGUUAUGUUUAGUGUUACCAGUUUUAGGAAAUUCUACAAAUCCUAGUAAAAAAGGAGUUUGUUAUUUGUGUUUUUGGAUUCAUGAUUCUUAUUAUGCCGAUACGAAUAUUUCAAAAGAUCCAAUCAUUUGUCUAAUGUACUUAGAUCAAAUUAAAAAACAAAUGAUUAAAAGUGGGAAGUUGCAGAGUAAUAUAGAUACUCAAUUCGGAGAUAUGUCAAAUUAUAAAAAUGAUACAACUUUAAAUCCUGUUCAAGAAAGAAUAUUAGAUUACUUCAAGAGGCAGUUCAAAUUAUGUGGUAUAAACUUAAUUAAUUAUUUACCAUGUGAUGCGAUAUUCAAAAAUAAAUUUUUGGUUAAUAAAGAUAACGCUGUUGCCUUAACUAGCGGAGCAAAUACAACCAACCCGUCGAUUAUAAUAGUUGAAUGUCACAAAGGUGCAAGAGAUGGUAAUUUAAUUUUUUUAGAAAAGAACGAAUUCAAUAAUGCUUUCAUGAUAUUUGCAUUUAAAAAACCAAUUUUAGUAUUUUCAAUGUCAAAAGUUUUAAGAGCAAGUUAUACCAACAUAACAAAACAUAGUUUCAGUUUAAAUGUUGUAGUAUUAAAUGAUAGAAAUGAAGAAAGACCAAUUGAAUAUAGUAUGAUAGAUGUAGCUAAUUAUCAAUUAAUUGAUGACUUUAUUAAACGUCAUGGUAUAGCUGAUGAUUCUUAUAAUGAAGAGAAUAAGGAAAAACAAAUAAGUUCUACUAGUAAUGCUACUCAUAAUAAUGAAGCUAGUAAUAACCCAGUUGAAGUUACCGUUGUUGAAGAUAUUGAUGAUGAAGAUGAUGAAGAUGAAGAUGCAGAUUUUCAAGGUGGAAACGAAGAAGAGGACGGAAGCGAUGUUGCAGAAGAAUAUGACAGCGAAGCAGAACCAAGUGGGGGAGAUGAUAACGUAGAAGGUCAAGAAGAUGAUAUAUUUGUGCAAUCAAAAGAAGAAUAA